UAUGAUGGCCAGUGGCCAGGGUGAGCGCAGAAGUGUCCUAGAUGCCUACCACAGGCGCCUGACCUCUGAUGACCCGGAAGUGGUGAAGGAAGCGGCGUGGCGAUGGACCAAGUUUGCAGCAGGUGCCUGUUUCCUGCUGCCAGACAAGGAGCAAAUUGAACAAUUUAUAAAUGAUCCAAACGGAAGCUUCAAGGGUGCGAUUUUGGAAUGUCACUACGCUGCCAACGGCUGUUUCUUGGAGUGGGAAACCCAGCUGUUGGAUGGAGUAGACAAAAUCCGACACAUCCCAGCCACUAUAAUACAGGGACGGUAUGACCUCAUGUGUGCCCCUGGCAAUGCCUGGGAUCUACACAAAAAAUGGCCCGAAGCAGAGCUGACCUUUGCUCCUGCAGAUGGCCACAUGGGAACGGAACCAGGUGUCCUGGCACGCUUCCUGGAUGCAACUGAUAAAUACAAAAAGUUAUUCUCAAAAGCUGAAACUGUGUGUAGCAAAGGGAGUACAAAGGAGGCCUAAUGUGGUUAAAUAGAAUCCUUAAUAUAUAUGUAGUGUGUAGUUCUCUUUAAAGUGACAAGCAAAUUUCUUCGGACACACAAUGAGGAAAGAAGCAACAGCAACAACAUCAACAAGAUAAAGAUAUUGUAACAACAGGCAAGUUUGAUGGAAAGAGAGGCAGAGGCAGACAGAGGGAAAAGAUACUGGACAAGAUGACA